AUGAUUUUUGCAAGACUAGCGGGCCUCAGUCUCUUGUUGGUUACAACUUUUGCCGUUGUUGUUGCCGUUCCCGUUGCCGUUCCCGUCAUCCCGACACACCGUUUUCUACCACGGAUGGCACCUCUUACCGUGGUGGACAUUGCGUGUCCACGCAGUUUGUUAACGAAACGCGAACCGAGGUAUCGCGGAUCUGACCUGUGUACUACCAAUAUAUCAUCGGGAAACGUCAGCGUACACACCCACAUGGUCAAUGGUGACAUGGCCCGUACGCGCAGCAUUAUGGGUAAUGAUACACGUCGUGGUCACAAAGGUUACCUGGAGGUUACCGUAUACCCGCGCUUUUUUGGUUCCGUAAUCGACGCCAUAUCGGGAUUUGUUGAUACUGUGACGGACGCGGUAGACGGCAUUCCAAUUGUUGAAACCGCCGUGUCCUGGGCCUUGAGUCCGGUUACGGGCGUACUGGAUACGGUUGACGGUGUUGUGAACGAAGUGAUAAUGUGGUGGGUGCUAUCAACUACAUCACCG